AUGGAGAAAUUCGAACUUGAAUACCAACCCAAAAAAAUCAGGGCCUACGCAGUGAGGGUUCUAAAGGAGCUCACCAAAAAGAAAACCCGGCCUAUGCUUAUGUGCUUCCGUAACUGGGAGAUGAGAGUCGGGCUCGGAGGGCCUGAGAAUGAAGAUGAGUCUGAUGACCAUACCCGCGUCCUAGUUUUCAACGAUAAGUACAUUUCUUUCUUGAUUCCGUGGAUGAUGUCGUUCUGCUGGUACGUGGACGAGAUCAUGGAGGAACUUGCCGAUCUCAGAGACCUCAACACUGUCUGCAACGGAAAACUUACUCUUGGUCCUGUUUUCACGGUUGAGGAGCUUGUCAAGAUCGAUAUGAUUUUCAGACUCUUCACCACGGUUGUUCCUAAACAACAUUUGGAGCCGAAAUCGCAUCACUCCAAAGUGACUGAGGUUCCUAGAGUGGACGGUUCCAAAUCGACCGCUGCUUUGAAACCAAUUGAGGGCUUGAAGCCUGUUGAAAUUACGGAGUGUGUUGAACGUCCGGAGCGUGUUGAAAAUCCAGAGCCUACUAAAGUUGACAAAUCAGCCGUCUCCAAGCCUAAUGACCUUGCCCAGCCUGCUUCUUUCAAGACGCUUGACCCCUCUAAGUCGGUGAAUCCCUCCAGACCUUCUGGGUUGUCCAAUCCCUCUGCUCCACCUUUCUCAAAAGACAUCCCCGAACCGCCAAGCUUCGACUAUGAGCCUUCUAAUGCAAUCGCUCAAAAGCCAGUUCAGCCAGCAAGCAAUGCUGUGGUUAUACAGAAGCCGUUGUUUGAUGACCUCGUCAACAAAAUACAGGGUCUUCAAUUGUCCAUUGAGAUUAUGCAGAAUAUGUAG